AUGACCGUCGAAUUCCAAAAAAUUAGGGUAGUAACUGGCUAUGAUCCGUAUGAUCUCAGCUGUGUGGCGUUACUCGUAUUAUAUUGCCUAGGGGAAAUAAACUUGUCCCUCCAUAACAUCACACGAAUAUUACAAAUAGUUCCAAAUGAUGAACUGGAUAGCGUUGGGCUUCCAACAUUAGAGAAUCUAGUUUUAUAUCUCCGAAAGAACGAGGAUAGUCAAACUAAGGCUUCCUUUAAGUUGAUCAAUCUCAUAUUUUCUAUCUCCAGUUUUAACCACAUUCAAGAAUUGAUUCAUCAUUUAAGAGAUGCAAUAAUAGUUUCUCCAGAUCAACAAGGAGUCCUUUCGAAAUUCAGGAGAAUUUUAUGUCGUUCAAGUGUGAUUUGCGAACUUCUACCGCGUGUUAUAAUAGACUCCAAUAUCAGCGAAUUCUUCGUUGAAGAUAUUCAUCAAAUAGUCGAAUCUUUUCAGGCAUUCAAAACUAGGUUUUUAUCCUGUGAUAUAUCAAACAUUUACAGAGAGGAUAUCAACAAUUCAUCAAAUUUGACGAGCAGGAUAUUCUCACAUACUCAUACGAAUGAUUGUUUUCCAGAAUCACCUUUUAUAACCAAUCAAGGUAUAGGCAAUUCAUUGCCAUGGUUAAUAGUAUCAGCAGACAAAUUUAAGGUUAUAUUGAACUAUGCCCUCCAAAUUUCUAUGAAAGACAUAAAUUUAGGCUCAGAACUUGCUGAAACCAUUAUUAGAUACACAAAUUUGAAUGAUCGAACCCGCUUUCCAGAUAUUCUACUUCUUGAAAUUGUAUUGCUACGAAAGUCGAAGAAUUACCAGGGAACAAUUGACAAAAUGUAUCAAUAUUUCGACUACUGCCGAAAUUCCAACGUUUCUGUGUCUUCAUCAACCAACUUUUCCCAUAUAUGCCAAACAUUCACUCUCAGUAGCCUAUACCAAGAUCAUGGCUCACCGGAAUUUGCGUUGAAAACACUUCACGAAUUAAUAGAUACUAUCAGAGAAAAGUCAGAUGUACAUGGAUUGAGCCAUUUGUGGGAUAUUUUAAUCCACCAUCUUCUUUUGUACCCAGAUGAAUCAAGGGUUCUUCAAAAGAGCAUUUACGAGUUAUUGAGACCUUUCAAUGAUAAAAAGAAUACAUCACCCGAAAUGUUACAAUAUUGGUAUACAUUUCAGGUUGCAAUGAAUUUACAUCAAAAUGGUUAUAUUCCCGAUAUUUUGGAACUGGCAACCAAGGUAAGCGCUCUUUCUAACUACGGAUUGAUGGAUCAUAUGAAUCGUGUGUCCACUGAGGUACUUUUAAUGACAUGGUCUUUUGUUGGAUUUGAUGAUAUGGCUUGUUGUUUUGGUAAACCUUUUUUAAAUAACGUGAAGAAACAUAGGCAGCUCACGAAUGUUGAAAAGCUACUUGAAGAUAAGUACUAUUCUGAAGCAAUUAAAAAAGUUGAGGCCUUGCUUAAUGAAGUGAACGCUAAAAAUUUUAGUAUUUCUUUCAAAUUUGCUUGUACACAAAUGAGCAUUCGCAUCAUGCUCGCAGCUGGGAAUGCUGCUCGUGCUCAACCGAUAAUUCGUCAAUAUAUCGACAAAUGUCGAGAAACAAAAAAUGAUCAUGAAUUAUCCAAGGCCAUAUUGUGCAUGGUCAGAAUGUUAAAUGGAUGGCAGCAAUAUCAAGAUAGUUAUAAGCUCAUGAAUUCGAAUUUGAGUAUUCUUUUGCAAUAUUCAGGAUCUAUGAAAGAGGAAGCUAAACAACUAUACAAGGAAACCUCAUUAGCAUUGGAGAAUAAAGUUGGAUCGGAGUGA